UUUCUUUAUUUAACAUCUUAGAAGCUACUGUACUUGUUUUCAGUUUUCUUGUUUGGUUCAAAUUAACUAGAAUGCCUUCUGACAAAACUUCAAACUUCAUGUUUGAUGCUGCGUUGCUGCAAGAUGUGAAUUUAACAAAAUAUGGAAUCUCAUUUAAAGAUGACAAGCAAACCCCGACGAACCCAGAACCUGGAAUAGUUAUCAGACCUUUGGCUGCAGACGAUUUUGAAAAAGGUUACACCGAUGUUCUGGCCCAACUAACUAAAGUUGGGGAAGUUGAUCAGGCAGCCUUUACUGCACGAUUUGAAGCCAUGAAAAAAGCUGGCUUCUAUUAUCCCAUUGUUGUGGAAGACACUCAGGUUGACAAUGGAAAAGGAGGAAAGAUAAUUGGUACAGGAACUUUAGAAAUUGAACAAAAGUUCAUACAUUCUUGUGCAUUGAGGGGGAGGGUUGAAGAAGUUGUUGUUGACUCAGAAUACAGAGGACGACAGCUCGGAAAGUUGAUCCUUGGAAUAAUUACAGAGCUGAGCAGGUCGCUUAAAUGUUACAAAACAACUCUUGAAUGCAAAAUGGAUAACAUCGCUUUUUAUGAGAUUUUUGGUUACAAAGAGGACCCUGAAAAGUUUAUGCAGUUACGAUUUAGGGAUUAAAUGCUUAAGAUUUUUUAGGAAAUGUUCGAUGUAAAGAAAUAUUUAUCUAGACCUUUCAUGUUUAUAAACCAUCAUGGUAAUUCCUAUUCAUGCUCUAAUGUAGAAAUUAUCCAGACUUAAUUACGCAUUUCUUAUUUAGGUUUUGCACAUGUUGCUUUUUCAUGUGAAUUUACACUUCUGUUAUUUUUGACAAUCAAACAUGCUCAAGACACCUGACAAUAAUCCAUGUUGUGGUUAUAUAUUAUACAUGUCUGUACAACUUUUGUUCAAUGCUGUCAAAAUGUUGUGUUUAUUUAAUAAAACAGAUGAAGCCACA